AAACCCUCAUUUGGAUGCGUUGUAGAGACCAUCUACAUCAUAUUGUACAUCAUUUACGCGCCAAGGGAUGCAAGGAACUUAACUUUCAAGUUACUUUCGGCAAUGAAUGUGGGAUCCUUUGCUUUGAUCCUCUUAGUCACAAACUAUGCCGUGCAUGAUUCACUACUCCGUGUCCAAGUUCUUGGAUGGAUUUGUGUUUCCCUUUCAGUUAGUGUCUUUGCGGCACAACUAAGCAUUGUGGCACAAGUUGUUCGUACAAAGAGUGUUGAGUUUAUGCCUUUCAAUUUGUCAUUCACUCUCACAUUGAGUGCUACAAUGUGGUUUGGAUAUGGUCUCUUCCUCAAGGACAUAUGCAUUGCUCUCCCAAAUGUGUUGGGUUUUGGACUGGGAUUACUUCAGAUGGUGGUGUAUGCAAUUUAUAGGAAUCGCGGUGAAAAAGAUAUUAAAAAGGAAAAGAAGGCACCAAUUGAGGCACUCAAAAGUAUUGUCAUAGAGACCAGGGCGGACCCAGACACAAAUAACUGGUGUGGCUAA